AUGAAGGUUGGAAAAUUAUAUUCAAAGAAUAAAGAAAAGGAACAUGAAAAGAACAACACAGGAGGGGAUAACUCCUCCAACAUGAAUGCUUUUAAAAGACUUUCAUCCAAAGUGUUAGGAGAUUCAAUAAAUAAUUUUGAUUUAAACAAGACAUUAAAUGAUAUAGAUGAUUAUGUGAAACAUUAUCCAUUUAUAAAUGAUUUAGGAAAGAAGUAUGGUAUAAAACCAUCUUAUAUAAUUGUAGGAGUAUCUGGUUUUUUACUUAUUUCACUUAUUUUUGGUUGGGGUGCAGCUUUAAUAUGUAACAUACUUGGAUUUGCAUAUCCAGCAUACCAAUCGUUCAAAGCAGUAGAAUCACAAAGUAAAGAUGAAACGAAACUGUGGCUCACAUAUUGGGUAGUAUAUUCCCUCUUUUUUUUUUUCGAAUAUCUAAUUGAUAUUAUUUUAUUUUGGGUUCCUUUCUAUUAUUUGUUAAAAUUACUUUUUCUUUUCUACUUGUAUAUGCCACAAGUCAGAGGAGCAGAAACUGUAUACAAUUUUAUUGUUAGACCAAUAUUACUCAAACAUGAAAAAACAAUAGACGAUACUGUUAACAAAAUUAGUCAAACGGCUACUAGCCAUUUAACACAAAUUACUGGGAAUCUUACAGAAAAGAUAAUCCAAGAUGGUAUGCGCAGAAGAAACAUCUAA